AUGCCAGUUUGCUUUUGCGUUUAUAAGGUAACUGGGUUUAAUAAUAUGAUAAAUAUAAUAUUAUAUAGAGAACCAAUUUUAAUAGAUAGAAAUAAUGAAAGUAAAUAUAUAAUAUUUUUCCCAGGGGAUUACUCAAACUUUUUUACAAAUACAAUCUAUACUUACUAUACAUAUGAAUCGACUAAUGAAUGUAGUGAUUAUUGUUUUAGUUAUGAAGCUUUAUUUUGGGUUAUAUCAUCUAAAUAUUUAUAUGAUCAUAUAAUAUUUAUUAAACCUAGUGUUUUUGUUAAUCAUUUUUCAACUUUUUCUAAUUUUAUAAAUGAUGAUUCUAUAUCUUUAAGCCCUACUCUCCAAAAUGAAGUCAACCAAAAAAGUGAUAAAUAUAUAGAUGGGAAAGGAAUCAAGCAUUUAUUAUAUAUUUUGCUAUCUUUAAAUGAUAAUAUAAUAAAAGAAAGAAAUAGGGGAGAUAGUUCAAUAGAUGGAAACGGAAGCAAGCAAAAUGAUGAUACAUUAGUUAGUACUAACUUUCAAAAGAGUGGCAAUGCCAAAGAUAUAGAUAGUACAGUGGAUAAUCAUAACAAGUAUAUAAAUAAUGCUAUAAAUAUAGAUAUGGUUAUAAGGAAAAAGUUAAUUUUAAUUGGAUUUAGUAAAGGGUGUAGUGUUUUGUUUUCCUUACUAAGAGAAAUUAACAAAGCAGAGUUUAUUUUGCCAUAUAUCGAAUCAGUAUAUUUUUUAGAUCCAGGUUUUAAUAAAAAUAUAUAUAACACUCAUAUAGAACCUAAUUCAUUGGAAAUUCUUUCAAAAUAUAAUUUAAAAAUAUUUAUCCAUUCAACUCCUAAUCAGAUAUUUGAAAGAAAUAGUAUGACUGUUCAUAAGGAAUUAACAAAUUUUAUAACAAUAUUAAGAAAUUCUAAUAUUCCAAUUUUUUCAUAUUUUCAUUAUAUAAAUAUAGGAAAAAGUAUUGACCCAAUUAAUCUUCAUUUUGAAGUAUUAGAAGAUUUUUCAAAUCGGUCUCUCGAAAAAAUAAAUAACAUAACUCCAUUUAUAAAUAGUUGUAAUCAAAUAGGGAUAAUAUGUUUAGAAAAUAAAAAACCUAUAGAUAAGUUUCUUUUUAAAAACUGGCGGAUAUAG